AUGGACGGCUUCGAUACGAUUACCAUGUCCUGGGGUGCCCCAAUGUCACUCCCCAACGUAACCGGCCUGCCGCUGGACCACCUCGACCAGCCCUCUAAUUACGACGCUGAGACCUUCGUCGGAAGUGAGGACCAAUUCGCACACCACCAUUUGGCCCACCCCCCGCCUAUCAAGCGCUUUUCCACCCAGUACGACGAUCCCUUCUCCGAUGUCCUCAGCACAUACGACCAGCAGUCGCUGCACCCGGACCAUGCCCACAACGGCGGCCCCCAGCCCGAGAGCCCUAGCAUCGAGCGCGACAACAAGCUGCUCAGCUUUUCUCCCUACCCGGUUCCCUACGGCCUUCUCAGCUUCGCCAUGCAGCGCGUCUCCAUUUCCAUGUCCGCCCAGCUCCAUGGCAUGUUCUUUCUCGCCGAGUCCCCCUGGGCCGCCUCUGGCGACGUGAAAGCUGCUCCCUCGGAGCUCACCUGCUACCGCCGCAACCUUUUCCAGAUCACCGGCACAAUCACGCUACCGAGGAGUCUACACUAUCUGUUGACCGAGCAAGGGGACCAGAUCCCCAUCAUCGGCCAGGACCUUACCAUAUCAGCAGCCGAGUCUCUCGAAGGCAAUCCCGUCAAGAUUAUAUCGGUGCCCUGGAAAACCCCAGCCGCAAACGCCACGGCGACCGUGGAUGACAAGAGCGAAAAGGAGCCCCCCUCGUUUCCACUGGAUCUAUCAACGGGGCAGGAUAUGGAUCCCGAGUAUGUCAGUUUUCCCAUCAGCUGGAAAAGACUGCAAUUCCGCAUAGCCACUGCCAACAAUGGCCGGAGAAAAGAGCUGCAGCAACACUUUGUAGUGCGCUUAAAGGUCACAGCAACACUAGCCACUGGUAUCAAAGUUCCCAUUUGCGAGGUUCAAUCGGGUGCCAUAAUCGUGCGCGGACGGAGCCCUCGAAAUUUCCAAUCUCGCAAGGACAUGCCGAUAAGUGGUGGAGGCGGAUCCGUUCGCAAAGCGCAUCCUCCUGGACCCACCAGGGCUUCCACUGGCGAAACGAGCCAGACGCCGCAAACUUCUGCUCAGAGCAAUUCUGGAGUGACCAAGGCCAUGGACUCAUUGCAGCUUCCUUUUGAGUUCAAUUCGAAUGACCCGCUCCUGUCUCCCGAUUUCAGCCUGGACUGGAAAAUGCCUCCAGGCCCCAUGACUGCGAUACCGCCGGAUGCCCCCUCGACUGUUGUCGCACCUGUCACACCUUAUGCACAAUCUACUCCGGAAAUUUCCCGGAAUUCGGUCCCCCAGCGAGCCAGUAUAGCCCCUGUGUCACUCUCGCUGACCGACGACGAGCCCAAGAAGCCUGCCUCUCCCUCGGAGCAUCUCAGGAAGCGAGCGACCCCCGUGCGCCCCUCUUCUUUUUCCGUUGGCUUGAUCCACAGCCCCGACGAAAGCGCAGACCUGUUGUACGAAUACUUCCCCCUCGGUUUGGACGACUGGAUGCCUCCUGUGGACGCUGUGUAUCGACCCCACGUUGUCCAUCAUACCAACCUCCCCCAGGACCCUAAAGUCUUGGCCGUGAAGAACAAAUCCAAACGCUACUUUUCUGACGCCUGGUGA